CGGACGCGCAAGAAGAUGGAGAGUGUGGCUUUGGGCUGGGCCUCGCUUAAGCCCAAAAAAAGAUGCGUGGCGCGGGACAAUGUGAAAGAUGCUCAAACGGAUGCAUAUAAAAGGGUAAAACUAGCGGCAAUUCGAAAACAGAUCAAAACGCGUGGUGAGGGAACACGUCGAAAUUUGAAACUUAAAAGUUGCGUCUUACAGACUUGCACUCCCCAGUUUCGAUUCAUCAUGGAAGAGACCGGAUUUCAUCCUGAUCUAAUUCACGCCAUUUUCAAGCUCGAGUGGAGCAGAAGAUCACUUGAGCGCGAGAAAAACGAGAAUAAUCCGGAUGCUAUGGAUUGCGAGGUUGACGCUGGGGCUGGAACAUCCAAGAAAAGCAGGCCGAUGUCAGCUAAUGCAAAUGCUCUUAAAUUGAGCUCUAAACUUGUACAAAUUUUUAUCUCAGAGGCUGUGCAGCGCGCUGCAACAAUUGCUGAAGCAGAAGGUAUUAGCAGAAUUGAACCCACUCAUUUGGAGAGAGUUCUUCCGCAGUUACUACUGGAUUUUUAAGGUAGCUUUCCGUUUACACAUUGCAAUGUAAGUUCUUGUUUUAUAGAGUGAUUAUUUGGACUAUAUCCUUCAUUAGUAAGUUAGCUAAUAUGAUUGAUGUCUCACAAACUGAGUGGGAUUGAGGUCGGGAGACUUCUCAAGUUAUGUAGUCUUCUCUGAUCCCAAUACAAACAUCAAUCUGAAUCAUUGGUCCAAAUCUAAUUUGGCGUUUCGUAUUGGUGCGAAUAAAUUUCUCAAUGAAAGAAUUUCCUAUUUGUUAAGAAAUGUCUAAGAAGCUUAGUCUUAGUGCUAUUAAAUUCUAAUGUUCUGUAAGAGAUUUCUCUAAGGUGGAUUAACAAAUGUCUUUUCCAGGA